UCCUCCCUCGCCAUCUCCAUCCCUCAACUUGGAGAGUCGCCACAUCAAGAUAUUUUCUCUCUCUAAACCACCCCCCCCUUCUUUUUCUCUCUCCUCUUUCAGAGCUUCGAUGCGCGCAUAAAGCUCGCCCAAGUCUCUUUAUCUCCGCCUCCUCUGUGUUGAGUUCGCGAUUCUCCGUCGGCCGAGGCGAACGAUGUUGUGACCCCAUCCGAGAACGGAGGAGGAAGAAGAGAGGGCCGAGCUUGGAGAUUCAACUCAGAUUCUUCGUCUUGUUCCGAACGUUUCUUUGAUCGCUGCGGAGGCUCUGGGAGGAGCAGCAUGGACAGAGGAGGAGGAUCCGGCGCCGGAUCUUGCUACUACGCCGUCCUUGGGGUUGGCAGGGACUCCUCCUUCUCUGACAUUCGAUCGGCCUACCGCAAGCUCGCCAUGAAAUGGCACCCGGACAAAUGGGCACGGAACCCGCAGGUCGCUGGAGAGGCAAAACGGCGGUUUCAGCAGAUUCAGGAGGCUUACUCUGUGCUGUCGGAUCAGAGCAAGAGGUCAAUGUACGAUGCUGGGCUCUACGAUCCGCUCGAGGAAGAAGACGAGGACUUCUGCGACUUUAUGCAAGAGAUGAUUUCCAUGAUGAACAACAUCAAGGACGAGGGAGAUAGCUUUGAGGACCUCCAGAGGAUGUUCGAGGACAUGGUGGGCGGUGGAGAGGGCCCUGGAUUUGACUUUGCGCCUGAUCCGACGGCCUCCAAGAAGCCACGCGUGAACAAGUCCAUGGCGAGCUCCGCGAGGCUCAAUUCGUCUCGCUGUUAGGUUGGCCCCCAAUGCACCCCCCCGCCCCCAAAUGGCACGCGCCACCGGUCAUAGUUUUAACGCCCCCAACCCCUGCCACCGCCUCUAACUGUCGGCAUUGAGCGUUAAUUAACGCCUUAAUCUCUGAUUAAAGAUCUGAUUUUUGGUGGUGGUGGAGAGAUUGGAUAUUCCCGAGUGUUUCGAAUUCGUGGUGGGCUUGCGAGGGGCCCAACAGUCGGGAAUCUUUUGGGUCGACUGUUGAAGAAAUAGUUAAUAAAAUUAUAAGGGUUUGUGGUAGUGAUGUGUGUUUUUUUGUGGUGA